GCGGGACCUCAUCACCCUUACUCUCUAUAACCCUCUCCCCGUCUCCCGCCCUCCGGACAUCCGUUCCGCCUCUCGAUAAUCUCCAAAGUUAUCCAUGGUCCCCAUAAAGUCCUACAGCAGAUCAAGACGCUGUGCAAACGUUCCUGACCCAAAUCCAACCAAGUUUCCCGUUUAUAUUAGUUCCAAACAACGUGGAUAGUCAAGCGUUGGCAGUGGAGAGGCCGGUGCUCAUGUCAGCGAUCCGCCUUGCGGCUGCCACCACUUUCACUGCCACGACAAACGUGUCAGAGUCAACGCUACUAAGUCAGGUAUAUCAGUUUGUCAACCAUGUCUCUGGCAUGGUGAUGCUGAGGGGAGAGAGCACCCUAGAGAUGCUGAUGACAGCUGUGAUGGUGCUUGGACGGUGGAGAUGGUGGUGUGAACAGCAUAGAGGAGGGUUUGACAGUCUGUUAGGGAUAGCGGAAGGGUUGGUCCAGGACUUGGGACUCAACCGCAACCCGAGGCAGACCCAAGACAAAGAGGAGAGGUUAACUGAUAUUGAGAAGAGAUUAUUACUCGGAGUAUGGUAUUUACGGUCAUGCGCCGCAACACAUCUAUCCCACCUCACACCAACAGUCUUCACGCCUUACAUGCUCCAAUGUCUCAAGGAUCUCGAAAUGUCGAGCCAGCCUUCCGACCAAGUGCUCGUUCAAGCCGUCAAAGUCCAACAUCUUGAGGAGAGAAUACGAAGACUGAACGGAUUUACCCAGUUUCGACCCAACAGAAGACGAAGCAAAUAUCGCAAGAAUUAUCGGUUUGAGGAACGACUGGGAGUUGUUGAGCCGGAGCUCUCCCGAGCUGAUGCACAAUCCACUGGUAGCCUCCCACCUCAAAACGACCUUCCUCCGCCUCCACAAGUUUCUAGUAGAGCAGACUUCCAACAUGCAUUUAGAUCUAUCGAGGCCGGCCCCAAUUCCUACCUCUAAUUUGCUCUUAGCUUCAGAAACUGGGUCCUCCUCCUUUCCUACCUCUACUACCUCUACAGACUCCGAGUACAUGUAUCAACACUAUUAGUUGGAUUUUGAUGUGGAUGUUGACAUGGCUUUCCCACCAACUCACGGCAUGCAGUACGGUAGCCAUCAUCAGAGUCAAGGCUAUAGACAGCAGAUGCUAGA